AUAUAAGCAACGUUCUUGUGGAUUCGUCUUGUUUUACUGUGUUAACAUAAAUUUUAUAAACCGAACAUGUACUAUAGGUGUGGGAAAUAAUGUAGGUUAAUAGGCUGCAUUGUGAAACAACCUUUAAUAAUAUUUUUAAAAUACCAUUAGGCCUACUGCCUUAAAAUAAAUAUCCCCAUGUUCUUACUCAAAUAUGGACGUGCGAUUUAAAUAACAAUUGUUUUCUUUAAAUGUUAUAUGAAAGGUUCUGUGCCAUAGCAUUAUUGAUUGGAAGUAUUAUUAAGACGUGCAUACAGAAUACACAGGAUAACUUACAGGAAAUGAAAAAAAUUCUGUACGUGCAACUUAUUAAAGGUGAAACAGUCCGUCGGACGGAUAAGGCGAAACUGAUUCAAUCUAUUUCAUCCCUGCUUCUCAGAGUAGAUCUGUCAGAUAAUGUUUUAUUAUGCUCAGUUUGGAUAAUCUAGCUGUCCGCACUGACUUUCUUCCUUAGAAGGGAAGACGUGGCUGUCUACUAGACGGUCAACCCUUGGGCCUUAAUCACAAAGCACUAUUUGACUCCAGCGUCAUGCCACGAAAAUAUAUGUAGGCUACACAACAAACAAAUACCACAUUUGUGAGUAUAAGUGGAGUUAUUAAGAGGAGUUAUUAAAAUGACUGGCUUCAUUCCUACAUGACUACGAUUUAACCUCCUCUUCAUGUAAGCAGCGAAUCUGACAAUUCAACCUCAGAAAAUGUAAAUUCCACCGUCAGCGAUGCACAGCAAACAUCAUUUUCCAUCUCACGUUAGUGAUCCGGAUAGUCAGUCUGUGACAGGAUUAUCUGUCGAUGCUCAUAAUUAAUUUUGGCACUCCUAACAGGUCAGGAAUGUCCUGAGCUCUGAGUCCAGAUGUAACUAAAAGUUUACUGUGCGAUCUGUUAUUUGGCAAUUCCCUAGCUAUUUGGAAAGUGUCUUCGUGAUUAAAAACCAAAACGAAAAAAGAGAGAAACAACACACAAACAAAAAGCAAACAAACAAACAAAAAUACUUCUUGGCUUUGUAAAUGAAGCAAACAGCAUUCUAAGUCUAUAUAUUCUGCUGACAGUAUCAGUGAUAUCAGCUCAGAAUAUAGACUGCACGUCAAAAUGUCCAGUGAAUGGCGCAAAAGAGGUUUUCCAGUUUGCGAGUUGACAGUUGCAGGCCUAAAGUACUUGGAGAGGUGCCGGUCGAUUGGGUGCAUGGCAUGAGCGACAAACGGGAACAAGGGGGGGACGGACGGACGUCGCCAGACCCAUGGAUAGUUCAUUCACAAAGAAAAUGAAAAACCAAUGAACACACAAGACCGCCCCUCUGCUAGACAGACCGACUGACCGACCCUGGAGGAAGACUUCUGUCUUGCCUGUGCCAUUUUGUUCGGGCUUGGGGUUAAAUCCACCAGAUUUCACAGGUCCAAAUGGACUGCGCAUGAGUGCACCCAGGCUAGAAUUGUUUGGCUCUUUUCCCAAAUUGUGAUUCUUGAUUCCGAGAUGAAUGCUACGGCCUUGGGGAAUAGCUCGGUGACUCUUGCAACUCAUCCCUGGAUGUUCUUCGCACAACGACGAAGCUUGCACGACUCAGCCUUGAUUGGGUGUCGUGGUGGCGGCCGUGUGUGAAACGUGGACGUCAGCAGUCCGACACAGCUGGUCCACGUCUGCGGCGGAUCCAGGGAGAGGAGAAGGCACGCAAGGCUAACCCACAGAUGGCCUACCGACUAUCCGGGAACGGACCGUUCAUUUGAAGGCUUCAGCAGUAGCCUACGUUAGAAGAAGAAGAAGAAGAAGAAGAAGAAGAAAUAGAAAUAACGAUGACUUUUACAGCGGUCGUUACGCUUGUUUUGGUUGCCGGCCUUUUCAGUAGUCGGCCCAUGCCGACAGCAGCGUGGGAUAUGGACUUGGAGCUGUUCGACCUGGUUGAGGAGAUCCCGCAAAGCUUCUACGAGUUCAUGUCUAUUAACCAAGAUGCGUCAUCAUCUGAGAUCAAGAAAGCAUACAGGAGACUCUCUCUCGUACUACACCCUGAUAAAAACAAAGACGAAAAUGCAGAAACCCAGUUUCGACAGCUAGUUGCCAUCUAUGAGGUUCUUAAGGAUGAAGAAAGAAGACAAAGGUAUGAUGACAUCCUGGUGAAUGGGCUCCCAGACUGGAGACAGCCUGUGUUUUAUUACCGGCGCGUAAGGAAGAUGAGCAAUGGAGAACUGGGCUUCCUCCUCUUCCUCAUCCUCACUGUGGGCCACUAUGCUGUCAUCUGGUCCAUUUACCUCGAGAAGCAACUGGAUGAGCUCCUCAGCAAGAAGAAGAAGGAGAAGAAGAAGAAACAAAGCAGCAAGCUCAUUGAGGAGCUGAAAGUCACCGGGCCGGAGAAAAAUGAGAGAUCAGACAAACCGCACUGGCAUGAUAUUUUGCCCCUCAAACUCAGCAUCUGGCUCUUCCACUCUUUGAAGUCUCUUCCUCAUGUCAUACAGGAUGUGAAGCAGUACUACAAGGAGUACAAAGAAAUGAAGGCGAAGGAGCAGGAGCAAGCGGAAGCGCUCGCAGAGCAGGAAAUGCAGCAAAGAGAGAAACGUCCCAGGGUGAAAAAACCCAAAAUGGAGUUUCCCGUGUACGAGCCCAGCGAGGCAGCGUACAUGCCGGCGUAUGACCAGGGGACGUCCAUCGAGGACAUCGAGGAACAAAUGGAUGAUUGGCUGGAGGACAGGAAACAGCAGAAAAAGAAAACACCUGAUUGGUCAGAGGAGGACCUCAGUCUGCUGACACGUAGUAUGGCGAAGUUCCCUGGAGGCACACCAGGGCGCUGGGAGAAGAUCGCUCACGAGCUGGGUCGAUCCGUUGCUGAUGUUACAGCAAAAGUAAAACAAAUCAAAGACAAUGUCUCUAACACAUCAGGGCUGGUGAAGCUUUCCGAGCUAAAGGGCUCAGCUGCUGUUGGAAAGAGCUCCAGGGUGGCCGUGGUUCCCGACAGCCUCAUGACCCAGCGGGAGGAGCUGGGGCCAUUGCCCCCUGCGGAGGAACCUGACAUGCCUGAGGAGCAGGACGGCAGGAGCCUGAGGAGGCGAACCAGGAAGCCUGUGACCGGGACAUCCGGCACAGGUGCCAAGGAGGACGGGGUCAAGGGGCGGCGGCAGAGAGACUUUGACCCCUCGGUUGCGGACGAGGAUAGCGAGGAGGAGAGAAGAACCGCGACUGCCCCUGUGACACCCAGGGAGAAGCCCGGUGUUGCUGACGAUGUUUGGACCCAGAGCCAGCAGAGACUCCUGGAGCUCGCGCUGCAGCAGUACCCGCGAGGUACGGCCGAGCGCUGGGACAGAAUCGCUAAAGUGGUCCCUGGGAAAAGCAAGGUGAGCUAUUGGAGGAGUGUAUGAUCCGUUACAAGCUGCUUGCAGAGCUGAUUCAGAGGCGCAAGCAAGCAAAGAGCUGACGGCCUGCUCCCACCGUCAUCUCCGUCACGUGCCUUAGCUUUGUACACGAGGUGCUGGACGUGCACCAGGUCUGCCGUCUGGACGUCUGCUGUGUUUCACGGCACCUGGAAACUACAGUAUUGGAGAGACCUGCUGUGACCUGUGUUAAUCGAAACUGCAACUGUGCUAAAAAUCGUUUUUUUAAUUUAUUUGAAAACUUUCUGCGCUCCAGUGUCCUUGGGCAGUGUUCCUCUGUGCAAUUUAAAGUGUGAGGAACAGGAAGCCCAUGUUUCUUUUUUGAAGAUGUUCAUCAUCUUGCAAUCUCUGUUUUCAGAGACCAGAGGUGUAGUUCUUUUAUCUGUUUGUUACAUGUUAAUGAAGCAUAAAGCUGAGUUAUAUACUGA